GCUCGGAGGCCGUCGCUGAGGAGCGGUGGGACGCGGCGCGCGGGGCUCGCGCGAGCAGGACGCGGGUGGGCGCGGGCGGUGCGCCGCCCCCUCUGCCCGGGGCCGCUCGCUCGCCGCCGGAACGCCUGCUGUGCGCUGCCCGCUGCUGCGGCGGCGUUACGGCGCACCUGCGUGUGUUGCGGGAGCUGUCCCGGCGACGUGCCGGAGUGACGCUUCCAAAGGAAAGAUCUUCUUUGUAGCUAAAGGGGGAAGCCAGAAGUCGUGGAGGAGGCGGUGACGGAGAGGAGCGCUGCUGCGAUAGCGCGGGUUACGCACGCAGCUGCUGCGUUAAGACUUAGCAGGAGGAGAUCCUGUGGUGUCCCCCGCAGGGCUUGCGUGCUCGCGCUGCUCCUUGCCUGGCUUGCCAGGCCUGCUUAAUUUCACGGACAAUGUGAACAACGGGAUUCUGUUGGUUUGAACGUUCCAGAAACUUUGAGGGGGAGAAAAGGAGAAGGGUGGGAGGAGGGAACCCGUGAAACAUCUCUCUGCCCAUUGACAGAUUCCCUGGAAGAAGGCAGUGGAGAAUGAAAGCAUUAGCACCCUCGGGACUUUGAAGUAACUUCUGAGGCUCAAACUGUGCCGCGUUGUAUACGAACACCAGACGGGUGUCCCAGCUGUGCUUUUCGGGCUCUCGUGACGCUGACCGAGCCUCAGGAGCCCCGGGCGGCACGUGGCUAGAAGUGAGAGCUCAGUCCAUCUGCAGGUGUCGGCAGCGUGCGCUACCCUUUGUACUGGUUGGGGUGCGAGGCCGAAAAGGCGUGGCGGGCGUGGCUCCAGGCCAGCCAGGAGAUGUCACAGCACAGAUGACAUCACCCGGAGCCCGUGUGCUGUCACAAUGCAUUGCCAUGACGACGCCGGGCCCUCCCCAAGGACAGCUGGCCGCUGGCUCCAGGCGCCUCAUUUGUGAGCUGUGCUGCCCGCAGCCGCUCGCCGUGCCCUGUGCCUGAGAGCAGCCCCAGCAGCAGACUAGCUCAGCCUCAUCGCGCUCGUCCUCCAAGGCUCAGAGAGGUUUGGAGGCACAUGCCUGCCAGCAUGGACGGAGCCUGGGUGGGGACCUGGAGACCUCAUCGCCCACGCGGCCUCAUCUCGGCCCAGUUCCCCAGCCCCGGGCCCCAGUACUCCAUCCCGGGGACAACAGGUUAUGUGGGCCACAGCCCCACCAAAGCCCGUGCCCCCGCCUACACGUUUAGAGGGACCAAACCGCCUGCGGCAGGGAGCUGCGGGCCAGGUCCCUGCUACUUUGUGGAGCCCGCCAUCACCAGGAACGGGAAGUACGUGGCUCCGGGCGCCCAGCUCCGGGGACGACCCGCGACGAAGACCACCGUCACUCCCGGACCAAGUGACUACCGCACCGAGGCAGCCAACAGGGCACGUCUUCAAGUGCCCACCGGUGCAGUCCAUGGCCUUCCGGCGGGAGCCCCUCCGGACAGACCACCCUCCAGGUCCUGGCACCUACACGCUGCCCAGGCUGAUGGGGCCCAAACACAGUCUACACAUCGGCCAGCCCCUGCUACUCUGUGAGGGGAAGGAGCCAGCGAGGUCGUUUGACGAAGACCUU